ACCCACUCGGUGGGCCAGCUUGAAAUGGGUCUCCCGUUGUCAAAUAUUGCAGAGUGCAAGGCCAUCGCUUUCGUCAGCAGCAUCACGCGUCACCUCCCGUUGGCCUGUUGAAAUUCUAGAGGAGAAUUAGCGUGAGUCAAAAAGAAGCCUUUGGGGGCAUCCUGCAGUGUGCGUGCAAAGCCAUGGAACUGCCCUGUGUGCUGUUGACGUUGCUCAUCUACUCCCAAGUUCAAACAACGGGCGCACUGACGACAUGCGGAAGCAGCCAGUUCCCGUGCGAGAACGGGAGAUGCAUCACCGUCAGGUGGGUGUGCGAUGGCGCGGAUGACUGCGGAGACGGCACGGACGAGCUUCCUAAUUAUUGCUUGGCCAAAACAUGUCGCCCAACAGACUUCAGUUGCAGCGACCGUUUGCACCAGUGCAUACCAAACACGUGGCGCUGUGACGGCAAAGCGGACUGUGCGAACGGAGCUGAUGAAGAGCGCUGCCAAGCCAAAAACUGCACGGCCACGGAAUUCCGCUGCGCCAACGGCCAGUGCGUGUCCGGCUCCUUCGUCUGCGACGAGGAAGCCGACUGCAGCGACGGCAGCGACGAGGCCUCGUGUCCGCCGGCGACGUGCGGCGGCGCUUCUUUUCAGUGCAAUAACAGCGUCUGCCUCCCGCGGGCGUGGCUCUGCGACGGGGAUGCCGACUGCGCGGACGGCUCGGAUGAGUGGCCCCGCUACUGCGGUACGGCGGCGCCGACCUCUUCUCCGACUCACCGCUGCUCUUCCCUGGAAUUCCGCUGCAGCAAUGGCAAGUGCGUUCACAGGAACUGGAGGUGCGACGGAGAAGCCGACUGCCUGGAUGGAUCCGAUGAAGCCGACUGCGUCCGUCCCACCUGCCGUCCGGACGAAUUUCAAUGCGACGACGGCGCCUGCAUUCACGGGAGCCGCCAAUGCGACUCCCGCAAUGACUGCGGGGACGCGAGCGACGAACGGGGGUGCGUCAACGCCACCGAGUGUGACGACGCGACCGGAUUUAAGUGCGGCAGCGGGGAGUGUAUCGGCAUGGAUAAGGUCUGCGAUAAGGAGCGGCACUGCAGGGACUGGUCGGAUGAGCCCCUGAGGGAAUGCGGCCUCAACGAAUGUCUCGUCAACAACGGCGGCUGCUCUCACGUCUGCAACAACCUGAAAAUUGGUUUUGAGUGCCUUUGUCCCGUCGGGUAUCAACUGGCCAACAAGAAUCAAUGUGAAGAUAUCGACGAGUGCGCCGACCCGGACGCCUGCGGCCAAAUCUGCGUCAACCAGAUGGGCAGUUACAAAUGCGAGUGUGAAGACGGUUACCAAGUUGACCCGUCAAGCAAAGACUGCAAGGCCAUCGGUACAAUUGCCUACCUUUUCUUCACCAAUCGCCACGAGGUCAGAAAAAUGACCUUGGACAAAAGCGAGUACGUGCAGGUCCUUCCUCGCCUAAAGAACGUUGUGGCUCUGGAUAUGAACAUGGCCACCGAAGAAAUCUACUGGUCAGAUAUCUCCCAAAAGAAGAUCUACAGAACACGAACGGAUUCAGCGGCGCACUCUGCUCGUCACACAGUCGUGGUUUCCGAUGACGUGGAGGCGCCCGAGGGCAUCGCCUUCGACUGGAUCCAUCGCAACCUGUAUUGGACCGACAGCAUUCGCAGAACCGUCUCCGUGGUAACCGCUGACGGCGAACGUCGUAAGACUCUCUUUUCCCAAGGCUUAUCCAAACCCAGAGCAAUCGCCGUCGACCCCUACAGCAACUUUGUUUACUGGACCGACUGGGGCAAUCCCGCUAAAAUCGAAAAGGGCGGUCUGAACGGGGGUGACCGCUUGGCUCUGGUUACCGACGGCAUCGUGUGGCCCAACGGAGUGACGCUCGACCUGUUGAACCAGCGGCUCUACUGGGUGGACUCCAAGUUACACACCCUCUCCAGCAUCGACGUGCAGGGUGGGCGGCGGCACACCCUCAUUAUGGAUGAACGCAAGCUCAGCCACCCGUUGGCACUCACCCUCUUUGAGGAAAGAGUGUUCUGGACAGACGUCGGUAGCAGUGCCAUCUUCAGUGCUAAUAGAUUGACCGGCCAAGACAUCGUUCCGGUGGCCGAGCACCUUUCAUCUCCGGAAGACGUUAUUCUCUACCAUAACCUGAAGCAGCCUGCCGGGAUUGACUGGUGUCGGGUGCACGAUAGCGGCUGUGAAUUCAUGUGCCUCGGAGCACCGCAAGUGGGCAGACACCCCCCCAAAUACACAUGCGUCUGUCCCGAUAACAUGACGCUCGCAAGCGAUAUGAGGAGAUGCGUAGCAGCGGCGUCAACACCUGCGGCUCGCGUGCCUCCUCGGAUUCCGACCGCCAGCCAACGACCGGCGGCCCCGCUCGAGUCCCACACCUCCAUCGCUCCCAUCACGAGCACGAGACGCAUGAUCAAGCCAGUGACCGGCACCACGAGAACUCUGGUCGGAACCACCGCGCGGGAAUUUCAGAGCACUUCACCGCAGCCGACGAAACCAAAAGCCUACCGGACCACCACACGCACUCCGGUCACAGGUAAACGCAUUCACCAGGAAUUUGCUUCGGUGCGACCUACGACCUCUUCCGGGAGCCCAACUGUUUUGCACAUUGUCCUCCCUGUGGCGAUCGUUUGUAUUCUGGCUUUCGCUGGCGUACUGCUAUGGAAGAACUACAAGCUGAAGAGCACCAACACAAUCCACUUUGACAACCCCGUCUAUCAAAAAACCACAGAGGACCAAGUGCACAUUUGGGGGAACCAUGACUCGGAGGGCUAUUCGUACCCAAAAAAACAGGCGGUGUGCCUUGAUGAAGAGGCGGACAACCCGGCCUUCAAAGAAAGCUAGCUUAACCUCACAUGGCGUACGGGAUGGAAUUCAAAGAGGCGCGAUGGCAAAACGAUAUCCACAGCAACGAAAUCUCGAGGAAAUUCAUGUUUGAGUCGAUUAAUGGCGUUGCAAAGCAACGGAGGGGAAUCCCGCGAUGUACACUUUGUUCACCGGCAAGGUGGCGGCAGCAGUUAGCUUCCCAACGGUUCGUCGUAACGAAGGCCUUGUCACUAUUUUCUGGUCUUUAUCAUGAAGUUUGCCUUCUAAAAGUGUUGCUUGUAAGUGGCCAAUGGAAAAUGGAACAUUGGAAACGGGGUGCGUUGGAAAGAGCUUCGGCUGUCCGUCUGAUUCAAAUGUUUUUAAUAAAGCGUACGCUUCCUUAACAAUGCUAUUUCAACCAAAAAAAAACCCCAAAACUGUUAAUGCCGGAAUAGUUUUUAAUCAAUCCCGUUAACGAUUGGAGAUGAUUUUACAGCCCGUUCAUGAAUAUUAUGGCAGGACUAGGCAUGUGACGUGUUAUCUUACACCUAGCUAGAGAUUGAAACGACUCUUUAAGCUCCUAAAUCGAUGCAUAUUUUGCACUUUAUGAUCAAGGUUACCACUUGAAGCGUACCAAAAUCGUUCAUUUCUAAGUGUACUGUUUCGUGAAUCUUUGUGAAUCAGAAACAAGAUUAUUGUUUCAUGCUGUUUCAUUGCAGUCGAAAUCUGUGAGCAUUUUAGUGCUGAUUACUUUGCCUCGAAGAGUUUUCGGAUGGUCUUUAUCUAUGAUUACGAGACCAGAAAUCACCUCAGUGUUGAUUGAGAGUAAGUCCCUCAAUAAAUGCCGCACGCCGGUUUGUGCCUUGAAAUAGUACACCAAUACCAGUACACAAUAGAUGUUAGCUACUCUUGGACUCUCAGGUGGAAGGUAGCCAAUCUUGAAUUGAAUUGUGAGAUGUACAUACAUGUCGAUUUUUUUUUCCUACAUCCACCCCACUACCAGUGUCGUUUAAGUGUGUGUAAAUAGGGUGUUCAUAAAUGUAAAUAUUUGCUCUGUUUUGAGUAGGUACCUGUGCUGCAGCCUUUGUUGUCAACAUUUGCUGUAUAUAAAUAAAUAGCUCUAUUUAUUACA